AUGACAAGUCUAUCUGGAAAUGGCGCUGAACCCAAGUCUAGCUCAUCAUCUAAUAGCCUCAUUGCUAGUCGCGAUGAUCUUAAUCUUGCCGGUCAAUCUCGAUAUAAGCUUGGUAGAAACGUUGCAAGACUUAUUAAGGAUAACAAACUCGACAUGGACGAUAUUCAAAACGGUCUCAAUGAAAUUCAAGAGAGAGAAAGAAUGGCACGAGAAGCUUUGCUCCAAGCUGUUAGCUGCCUUCCAGCUUAUGAAGCCGAACGAAUUGUCAUAGAAAAACUUGAGAAGAAUCUCUUCUUUAGGGGAUGGCUUGCGACAAUGACAUGGAAUAAAAUUGAAUAUGAGCCGGAUCAAAACAUGCCAUUUGUCAACUCUCCAGCUCAUAAUCAAAAACUGGACUGUUAA